CUUCGACCACUCCGCCCGAGUCCCGAGCGAGCGAGCGAGUGAGAGAGACGUAGCUGUCGCGUAGAACUUGCCCGCCUCCCAUUGAUCUAUCGCCCUUCGUCCUUUCCCUCGCCGAGCCCCUUUAUCUUUUUCCGUCCCAAUUCGACGAGGACGACGGACACCGCGUGCUCUCUUGGCCGCCGAACGAGCGAAGGAAUCGUCGAAGAAAGAAAAGCGAGCCGUUAUGGCGACUGCAACCCCAAGCCGUGAUGCUGGCCGGCCGGCGGCGACAACGGCCGCCUCCUCGACGCCGCUCUCACCCACCCGCAUCUCCCGCCUGCAGGAGAAGCAGGACCUGCAGCACCUCAACGACCGGCUGGCCGUCUACAUCGAGCGGGUGCGCUCCCUGGAGCUGGAGAACGACCGCCUGCUGGUUAAAGUGUCCGAGAAAGAGGAGGUCACCACCAGGGAGGUGAGCGGCCUGAAGCAUCUGUACGAGGCCGAGUUGGCGGACGCCCGCCGGGUUCUGGACGAAACCGCCAGGGAGCGCGCCCGGCUGCAGAUCGAUCUGGGCAAGGCCCAGGCCGACUUGGAAGAGGCCACACGCAGUGGCAAGAAGAAGGAUGGCGACCUGGCGGCGGCCAUGUCGCGGGCGGGGGCUCUGGAAAGUCAGCUGAACCAGAGCGAAGCGGCGCUGUCCACGGCGCUCAGCCAAAGCGCCGCGCUCACCUCCGACCUGCUUGAAGUCAAGGGCCUGCUGGCUAAGGCGGAGGACAGCCACGCCGUGGCCAAGCGGCAGCUGGAGGCCGAGACCUUGAUGCGCGUGGACUUGGAAAACCGCUGCCAGUCGCUCAGCGAGGAGCUGGAGUUCAGGAAGAACAUAUUUGAGGAGGAGGUUCAGGAGUCUCGCCGCAGACAAGAGCAGAGAAUUGUCGAAGUGGACUCAGGAGCCAGACAGGACUACGAGUUCAAACUGGCCCAAGCUUUACAGGACCUACGGAAGCAGCACGACGAGCAGGUGUCUCUGUACAAGGACGAACUGGAGCAGACCUUCCAGGCCAAGCUGGACAACGCCAAGGUGUCGUCAGCGAUGAACGACAAGGCCGUGUGCAUGGCCAGAGAGGAGCUGCAGGAGUCACGAAUGAGAAUCGAGGGUCUGAGCUACCAGCUGAGCGCCCUGCAGAAACAAGCGGCGGCCGCCGAGGACCGCGUGCGGGAAUUGGAGGACAUCCUGUCGUCAGAGCGGGACAAGUACCGCCGCGUGAUGGAGGCCAAGGACCUUGAGAUGAACGACCUACGCGAGCGCAUGAACACGCAGCUCUCCGAGUACCAGGAGCUGUUGGACGUCAAGCUCACGCUGGACAUGGAGAUCAACGCCUACAGGAAGCUCCUGGAGGGCGAGGAGCACAGGCUCAAGCUGUCUCCCAGUCCGUCUUCCCGCGUGACCGUUUCCAGGGUGACGGGCUCGUCCUCAUCCCGCACCUCCAAGCGCAGGAGGGCGGACCUGGAGUCUGGCGACCUGGCCGACAUGGGGCGCGGCGAGGAGCUGCUGCUGGCCUCCGAGGAGGACAUGGCCAGCGGCGCUGUCUCCAUCUCGCCCACCGACAUGGACGGCAACUCGGUCACCCUGGCCAACGACACGGAUCAGGACCAGCCUUUGGGGAGCUGGAGACUGAGAAGACAAGUGGAUGACGCGGACGAGAUCGUCUACAAGUUCUCACCGAAGUUUGUUCUCAAGGCCGGACAGACCGUCACCGUGUGGUCUGCAGACGCCGGCGUGGCCCACAGUCCGCCCACUGAUCUCCUGUGGAAAAGCCAGUCUUCCUGGGGUACCGGAAGUGACGUCAUCACCAGCUUGGUCAACUCUGACGGCGAGGAAGUGGCCAGACGCAGCGUCAGCAAGAAGGUGCAAGUGGAGAACGGAGAGGAGGAGGAGGACGGCGAGGAGCCGGUGGUACACAAGAAGGCCAAAAUGACGUCCAGGGAGUGCGCCGUCAUGUGAAGCCUCAGCAGCGAGCGUUGGAGCCUCUCUACCUUCGUCCUCAUCCUGAUCCUGUCCGUCGCAUCUGGACAAACACCUCCAAGUUUGUCUUAGCCGCCACACUUUGAUAGCAGCCCUCCUUUGUUCGACGACAAUGUGUAUGGUUUGUUGUUGGCCAACAACAUUCUCACUGCCAGCGUCACCACCAGAUUCCUGAUAGUUUUUUCCUUUUUUUUUUUUUUUUUUUUUUUAACCACUUUCCAGAAAGGCUUCCAUUGCACCGUUGACAUAAAACCAUCACAAAUGUUGAAUUUUAAACAUUUCCUUCGCUUUUGUUGUUUUUGUUUUCCCCAUAUAUGAACAUUUGAUUUUGGCAUGAAGCCAACUGGUGAUGCCAUGUGAUCAGCUCCUCAUUUCUAUCAACUUUUUAGAACCACUUGAGCCUGAUUGAUUGGUUGGUUGAUUGUUCCUUUGAGCGGUUCAAAUGUAUCGAACACUACAAAGACCAAAAAAAAAAAAAUAACAGAUUAUUUCACUCGUGGGUGUGGAAAAUUUGCUGAUGGUUUCCAGUAAAUGUACAUGGGGAAUUUUAGAAAGAUUCCAACUCGGAACCUUUCCAUGGGAAUUACCUAGGAAUUGUGGGUAAUUUGAUGGAAAGCUACACAGUCAAUAGUGAAUCUCAACCAGGGCCUCAAUGAAUGAUUGUUUUUAAUAGUAGAUCAACCUAAGAAUCGGGUAAAAUGUUCUGUUCGCAUUGAUGAAUAAUUUGCUGAUUUGAUCCUUGUGCAUAUCUGACCAUGCUUGCAGCACAAAGGGGGGGGGGAUCCCCUUAUUGAACACUUGUACACAACUUGGAACGGGGGUUGACGAACAAAUCUGAAAUCUGACUUGUUUUAGUCCAGCCUAUUGAACUCAUUGACUGCCAGCCCACUUCAGAUGGCUCUUGGACACCUCUAACCGUCUCUGGCAGUGAACGGGUUAAGAGAAGACCUUCGAGUUUCUAUGUUCCUGUUCUCGUCCCACUAGGGGGGGUUUCCAUUAUUAAGUUCCCGGAAUGCUGCAAGCCUGUUUGUCAGUUUCUGUCAUACUGGCCACAGUUUAAAGAGUGUAUCGAUUGGCCGGCGUCUGACUCGGUCCUUUGAAUUUGGGAGCCGCAGUGCCGAACCGAGUUUGAUCUUUUCAUGCAAAGCGUACAAACGAGUCAUUUCCACUUCUUUGCUCGUUGGGGUGCAGUCGCUCGCCGUCAUCUGACUUCGGCUGCUCAAAUGAUGACAAACAAAAAGAUAUAUAUUUAAACUGACCUUUUUUAUUUUUCAGGAAAAAUGCAUGUCACGUGACGUGAGUUUCGAACACGCCUUCCGUGACACGGUGUUUUGUGUGCGUGUGUGUUUUCAUACCAUGUUUUACACUAGAUAUUUUAGUUUGUUUUUUUUUUUUGGCAGUGUAAUCAGUUUGUUUACAUUUAAUAUGACUUCAAUUUUGUCUUAAGGAUCUCCGGGUGAUUAUUUUGGGUGUUUAUAACCUCCAUUGGAAUUUGCGAUUCAUUCGUUAAAAGUCCCAGCUAGGCGUCAAUGCGUCCGUUCAAUGCCGAUCUCUUCCCUCUUGGAUUGGCCAAAGUCUGUUAGCCAGCGCUAACAUUUGGAUGUCUCGCGACACGCACCCAUCACUUGGAAAGAACAACAAAAAAAGCAAAUAUUUGUAUGCACAAACAGAACUCGUGACAUUACAGAAUGUGAUGACAUGUUGAACAUAAGCACCCAACUUGUAGUCGGUGCCUCCGAGACCUGUUUUGUUGUGUCGGGGUGCUAGUAGGGGGGGGCUUGUCAUUUUAACUGAACUUUUUUGUACCCACAAUAAAUGUUUUACAUUUACUCAAA